AUGUGAAUCAUCGAAAGCACUAAAAACCAUAGAUACAUUGGAACACUUUUCAAUUUUUUAUCAUGAAAUAAUCAAAAUGGCGUUUACGUCAAUGACAUAUCAAUGUUUUCUAUUGGAUUUUUUUGUUUAAAAAUGUUAUAAAUGUAAUUUUGCAACGAUUGUUUCUUUAAUAUGUCUACCAAUAAUUUAUCUUCGGUUUUAAAAUCUUGUUCAGAGAGUGAGCUGAUUAAUGAAGUGUCCGACAACAGUAUGACACAGAAGCAGGUGGAAGGAUCCCGAUUAAAACGUACAUUUACCCUGCCUCGCAAUCCAUUUGGGACUACAAAACCUGGAUCCAGUAAGAAUAAAAGCAAUGAGAGUGAAAACAAGCCAACAAGUGCCAGUUCCACAAUAGUAGAUGCUCCUAAAGACGAAAAUGGCAUAGAAAGGAAGUUGUUUAGAAGGCCAUCAUGGAAAAGAUUUUUAAACAAGAUAGCGCAACAUAUGAGCACUGUUCAUGUAUCAGGUGUGAAGUCUGCACCAGCUCUAGUGAAUGGUGAGCGUGUUCCUUGCAGUGGAGAUCCUCCAUGGCCACCAGGCUCCACCCCGGCUGCUACAGGAAUCAAAAACCAUGGCAACACUUGCUACAUGAAUGCUGUCUUGCAGUGUCUCUCACAUACUGAUGUUAUAGCUGAAUAUUUUGUUUUAGACCAUUACAAAGUUGAUCUACAGAAAAGAAAUAAAAUUAACUCAAAGAAAUAUGGUACCCGAGGUGAAGUGACUGAGCAACUGGCAGCAAUUCUAAAAGCUCUCUGGGCUUGCCAUUAUACCCCUGAUAUGAGCACAGCUUUUAAGGGUGCAGUUGAAAGACAUGGUACACAAUAUAGGGGCAAUAGUCAACAUGAUGCACAAGAAUUUUUAUUUUGGCUAUUGGAUAAAGUUCAUGAAGAUUUAAAUACAGCUACAAAGAAGAAAUAUAAAACUAUUAAGAAUACAUGUGGCAAGCCUGAUGAAGUAGUAGCAGCUGAAACAUUAGCCAAUCAUGCCAGGAGAAAUAGUUCAUUUGUACAGGCCGUUUUCCAAGCUCAGUACAGGUCAGCACUGACAUGUGCAAAAUGUGAGCGCACAUCAUGUACAUUUGACCCGUUCCACUGUGUGAGUGUACAGCUACCUUCACGACUGGCCACCACCCAGCCCUCACCGCUGCCUGUCAAUGUUGUAUAUGUGAACCAGCAGCCAAGACAAGUGCGUAUUGGUGUAGAGCUUACACCAAACAUGACUAUGGAUGACUUGCGGACAACAUUACAUAAUGAUACGGGAAUUGACAGGGACCAUAUCAUCAUGGCGGAAAUUAAUGAAAUGGGUUGGUGUAACGCGCGAGCGGGCUGGGAGGCAGCUGGCAUUGACUUUGGUGCCUUAUACUGUAUGGAAGCACCACCACUCCUGCAGACUCCAACCACUCCUUACCUUCUUAUUUUAUGGGUUAAUGUAUUAGAAGGAGAGAGAUUUGGGUCACCUUACGCUAUGCAAGUGCCUCGUGAGAUUUCAUACGAGGACUUGCAGAAGCUGAUGCUGAAGGAGAUGUGCCAGAUUGUGGCUGAGCGAGUGUUGGAAAACUCGCAAGGGCCCGAAAUCUUCCGCGCGAGGAUCGCUGAGGCGCACCGUCCUAGAGAUCCUGCGUAUUUACAACCCGAGCUCCCGCAUCCGCUGUUUUCAUUGGAUGUGGAGCAAGCGUUGUGUGCUCACGACAAACAUCCGCAUCUUAGACUCGAACUUCUCUGGGACGCUGCGCAUAGGGACAGCAUCAUCCGGUCGGCGGGCGAGGCGUGCGAGGUGCACGUGUCUGCGGCGGGGUCGGCGGCGCCCCUGACGCUGCACGCCUGCCUCGCGCACUACACGCGCGCGGAGCAUCUCGCGCAGGAAGAUGCAUGGAGAUGUCCCCAGUGUCAGCGGUAUAUGCCUGUAGUGAAGACUCUCGGUCUUUGGUCGCUUCCAGAUAUUUUAGUAAUACAUUUAAAAAGGUUUCGACAGCAAGCCAAAGGUCGUACAAGCACGAAGUUAACAGCAAUGGUAGAGUUUCCUUUAAAUGAUUUUGAUAUGACGCCACAUCUUGUUAGAAGGAACACACAAAUGGCGGAGUCGCCCGGCCACUCGCGGUCGCCGAGACGAAGACAUUCCAAGACGCCCGCGAGCAACCCUCAGGAGAACAUGUACGACCUCUAUGCUAUCUGUUAUCACCACGGUGAUGAUCUCGAGACUGGACACUACACGGCAGCUUGUAAAAACCCGUAUGACGGACAUUGGUACAAAUUCGAUGAUUCUAAAGUGACCGCAGUCGAUGACGAAAAUGCUUACAGUGAAUUAGUAAAUAAUACCGCUUAUAUGCUAUUUUAUAAGCGCAAAAAGCCAAUUGUUACGCAUUCAUGUUCCUCUGACGACCACAACGGCCAUUGGGCGUUACGUAUGCCAAAAUACGUGAAACGAACGACCGAAACUGUAAACGAACUAACCGAGGUUAAGGAAGAGAGCGUCAUUGAAGAAGUUAAAGUGGAAGCGACGGCCAACGAGCCGGACUCCGAGUCUGAUAUCACCGCUCUCACGCACAGCCCCUCACUGUCGCGAAGUGUUGCCAGUCUUCCCGACGAUAGCGUCAGCGAGGUGACGUCACCGGUGAAGCACACCGUGUGCGUCACCGUGAUCCACAACAACACGUCCACCGUGCAGUCGCCCACGCUGCAGCGCCCGCUCCUACUCGAAGUCAACGGGAACAACGCCACUGACGACAUCAGCGAACACGAAAACGAAACGAGCGUCUCUCUCGAGCCGUACAUUCACAAAGAUGUCCACGUCAACCCUAAGAUGACUCCCGUGGACACUCGCAGGCCACGCUCUGUGGACUACCCGACUCGGUCCUCUGGCGCCACGCCCACCACCAGAGACACAAACAGGAACUAUGAGAGUUCUCCGUUAGUUGCUAGUAUAAACGAAGUCGAAUACCACCCCACCACCGAAGAUUUGAUGUUGUCGAUGUUCCAGGAAUCGAAGUUUAUUGUUCCUAGACAUACUAAUCAUGUUACUGGGGAAUCUCAUAGGACAGGAGAGAAGUCUGCUGUUUGGAAAACUCGAAUAUCCACAUGAGAACAAGAGAUGAUGUCUGAAGAAUACCAUAUUUUACACAUUUAUUAUUUAUUUAAUUUUUAUACAUACUUAGAUCUGAGGAUUUCAUGUAGCUGACACUUCAUUUGUACAUGGAUGAAAUUUGUGAAUUUCGUAAUAGGGCGCUAUAACAGAGGCUUGUAAUGUAGUUGCUGUAGUUAUUUUAAUUUAUUGCAACCUCGACGUUCAUUCAUACUCAUUUAAAGUUAUUUGUUAUUAUUAUAAUUAACCAGCCAAUAUGCCAAUGACUUAUACUAAACCUAUCCUAUGUUUGUAUAUGUCAAGGUCUUAUCCCGAGGUAAGCGAACAUGGCGGUUAUGCCAGUAUACUAUUUAAUAAAUAUUUUAACGUAAUGUUGAUUACGUUACAAUAGUUAUGUAAGUAUAAUUAAAUUGAAGCGAAAGUGAUUUAUUAGAUAAAAUAAAUUCGAUUAGUAUUGACAUUUUUCAUAUUUAGAUAUCUUGCAUUUGGCAAUUUUGUAAAAUCUUUGGCGCAAUACUUGCUUAAUUCAGUAGACUUAUGCUAGUAUUGUAGUUUAGCGGCACUUUCUGUAUUCGGCACUCUACAUCGGGAUACUAUCUUCUUCGAAUCUCGCAGGAGAUGAGGCCUUACAUUUUUGUUAAAUAGUAGGUCAGAGUAUAUUGACAAUAUUAAAUUCGUAGUUAACAAAAUAUUUGUUGAACAAAUAGGACCAAUCAUGCCCUUACCUGUAUAUUUCUGUUUCUCGUCUGAUGUAAUAUAGUGUACCUAUGUAACAUACAACUGUGUAGAUAAACCAAUAUCUUGAAUUAUAUGAACGUAGCUAGAGGGCGUUAUAAGUAAUCACAUUUGUGCCUUGGCCCUAGAGAAGUUGUGAUUUUAAAAUUGAACAUAAAUAAAAUACAAUAUGGUGUGUACACUGUGACUAAACUUUAAUAUUUGUACAGCUAUUACGAUAUACAUAACUGUAAGCGAAAAAUUACAUGUAUAAGUUGAUCUUGAUAACUGAUAAUGUAGGAGGAGAGAGAUGUGUUGUGUUGGAUAUAAUGUCUACCAUAUUAAUGCCACUUGCAAGAGGUACGUGAGAUCAUUGUGAUUUAAUUAAUAUUUUCUAUUUGCAAAGUGUUGUACAUAGACGUGGGUUUUAUGUAUGUUUUAGAUGUGAUUUGCUAUUAUUUACCUAAACUGAUAUUCAAAUUUGGAUUAUAAUGACUUUUGUAAAUAAGCAAAAAAAAAGUUUUUCGUAAAUGCACAUUAUUUAGAAUUUGUUUAUGCAUUUUACAAUGAUGAUUUUUUUAUUAAUUUAUUGUAUUGAAAUUGAUUUUUAGUAAAAAGACAAUUGUUUAUAGUAUCACAAUCAAUAACGAAGGUAUCGCAUUGAGGAGCUUGCCAAGCUAGAUAGUGAGCGAGCGUGUUGUAGUGCGGUAUCUGCGUCAGCCUGUACUGUAACGUGGCCUAAACGAUGUACCUGUGAUCCAUUACUUUAUCAGGAUACAACACUUGCUAGGGAAUACUUCAGUUACGUUUUAAUAUUGAUUAUGAUGGAUGUAUCGAGUUUAAGUACCUACACAAUAAAAUUCAAAACUGCCUCGUAGUUUUUGAAAGUACUUAUGAAUUGCAUCAUAAAGAAGUUAAUUCAAUACUGAAAUGUAACUGGAAAUUUGCCGAAGUGCUUAAUUUAAAAGAUUAGCUAGUUUUGUUGUAUUGGAAAGUUGAUUAUGUUAUUAAAUAUAAGUUUAAAUGUCUGGCUCUCAACUUGGUCGCAGAUUAAUUUAUUUAUAGGAUCGGAGGUAUGGCCCCUUUUUUAAACUAUUUUGUGUUAUAAACACGAUUCGAGACUGCAAACCUUUUUACCUACUUAAUUAAUAUAGACAAAGAAUAGAAAUUUAAAUAUUUUAUGUUACUAUUGCAAUAUAAUUUUUCAAAUUAUAAUUACUUGUUUAAAAAAUAUAAUAUAUUUACAUAUAAUGUUCAAUAUAACAGCUUGGGCCGACCUCCGAAUAUUUGUAUUAUGCGUUGUUUUAAUUUAAAGAUGUUUAUUUUAAUUUCACCAUGUUAUGUUACAAUAUAAGCGUUAUGUCCACA